AGAAAAAUGGCGUUCUAUACAGCUGCGGGUUGCGCAAUUUUUAUGUAAAUGUGCACGAAAUUUAUUAGAAAAAUUAAGUUAUAAGUGCAACAAAUAUUUUUAUGUUUUAUGUAGUUUAUAAAGUAAAAAAAGCAUAUAGUGUUACAAUAUUUUUAGUUCAGUGCAAACCUGUCAUGGACCGUGUAUUUUUUGUGUUGUGAUGUAUGAAAACGAUAAAUAAUGAAACGGAAAAUAAUACGGCUGUGCAAAUAAUGUGACAAUGAUGGGUAUGAUAUGGGUGGUGUUAUUGGUGGCCUUGACCGGCUCACACUUGGGACACUGUUCGCCUCUCCGAUCAACGCCGCAAACCUACCCUCAUGAUGCAAGUUCCCAGUCUCAGUUGGAGAUCUGGGGCACCCAGGGCGGCUUGUAUGCGGCAGUGCCUGCACUGGUGUUCCUCAUUACUGCAGUCGGCCUGCUCCUUGGUUGCACCUGGUGCUACCGACAUAAGGAUUGCAAGUUGUUCACUGCGAGCGCGACACACUUGCACGAUGGUCGACGAGCCCAUCCGCCCGACUCGGGCUUCGUGGAGCCCGUCAACAACAACAUCAGUGAAGACAACAACAACGGGCCGAUAUCUCUCCGGGAGAUGCAAAACAUUGCCAACAACAAUGCGGCUGCGUACAUCGUGAGCGAGAACGAGGAGAGGAACAGAGUCAGCAGGGAGUCGGUGGUCGAAUUCGAACCCCUGCCCACCGGGAUACGUGUUGCGGACCCACUGGAGCACUGUGCUGAUUGGUUUGGCGAUGAUGAUUUCCCGCGCAACCGAUUGCAGUAUCUUCGAGAGAUCGGUAGAGGAUGGUUUGGAAGAGUGGUUGAAGGUGAGGUCGACGACAACGGGUCCACGAGCACAGUGGCAGUCAAGAUCCUCAACCAGAAUGCCAGCUUAGAAGACAAGGCGCGCUUCUUGGACGAAGCUAAAAUGUACCGCGACGUACGACAUGAGAACAUACUGGCUUUCAUCACCAAAUGCCUUCAGGAAGACCCUUGGAUUCUUAUAUUUGAACUUUGUUCUAUGGAUCUUCAACAGUACUUGAUAAUGAACCGUCCCAAGAUGGCCAUACUGAAUGAAGCUGGUGUACCCCUCCGGCUAAUGUGUGACGUCAGCUCUGCGCUCGCGCACCUGCACUCACGAGGCUUUUUGUACGGCAACUUAUGGUGUGGCUCAGUGCUAGUCCGGGGGGCGGCAGACAAUGCACGCGCGGUAUUGGGCCGGUACGGGUCCGCCGCGCCGCCUUACGACCUGCCCGCGCCAGAGACAAGGGCGCACCCACCUGUAUAUAAUGCCCAAAGUGAAUCGUGGUGUCUGGGCACGUUAAUGUGGGAGGUGUGUGCGUGGGGCGCCGCGCCAGACCGACUGCCGCCGCCGCUGCCGGACCUGCCCUGUCCUUAUAGGAAUCAUCUCUACCAAGUGAUGCAGCUAUGCUGGAGCCCGGUGGGCGGCGCGCGGCCCACGGCGGCGCAGGUGGUGGAGCUGGUGCUGCACCUGCGGCGCGACGCGGGCGGGCCGGCGCACGCGCAGCACGACUUCGAACAGCGCUGGCAGCGCCUCAAGCCCAACUCCAUCCCCAAGCACGACGAGCACGCCGCGCUCGUGCACGCCGCCGCGCUCGUCGUCCACAUGGACACCGCCGUCUCCCGCUCCAGCAGCAUCAUCUCCGACAAGGACAUGUCCGUGCAAAUCAAAUCCGAAAGCUUGACCAACCUCCACGGCUCGCUAGAAGAUGUCAGGAACAUCUACCUCACCCACAACGAGACUGCCACCCUCGAAUGCCAUCAAGGCAACAUCAGUCUCGAAGAUGCCAGGGAGAAGGAGCAGGACCGCUCCGACGCCUCCAUGGACCCUUGGCUCAAGGAUAUCAUUGCUGGCAGCACGGAUGACGUCAGCUAUUACAAAGAUGUCAGUGACGUCAUCAAGAAUCUCGAUAAUAUAUUGAACUCAGAAAAAACUUCAAGUUCAGAGUCCAGUCACCAAGCUAGUCCCUCUAGAGACAAUCUAAGCUUGGACUGUAAGAAAGAUUACCCAAUGCAAUCCAGUAUGGUCAAAUCCCCUGGUAUCACGAAUUUCCAGAACAUUCUAGAUACUGGAUUUAGUUCCAAGUCAGAGGAAACUGAGACUGGCGAUGACGACGAGCUCGACCGUGAUACUAUAGGCACGCUGAGCCACUCGUUCGAGCGACACAGCGAGGUAGACACCACGAGCCAGCACACGCUGGAGAACCUCACGCCAGAUACGCCAAUCAAAGACAUAGAUGUCGUCAGAAGAAUUGAAAUUCAAGUGGAAGUGGAAAGGGUCGAUACAAACAAUAUUUUAGUUGAUAACGAAACAGUUCAGUCUGUACAUCAACACGCAGAAUUGCCAAAUGAUAACAAAAUAGUGAGUAGUGAUAGUGAAAUACCCAAGCUGAAGGAAUUAUGUGUAGCGUCAAUACCUAGUGCUAGUGAUAUCGAACAAUUGAAUGUUAAAGACUGUCAAACAUCAUGUGAUAGUAACUUAAAAGAAAUAAGUACUGAUAUUAAGAAUGAAACUAAGUCAAUAGAUGAUGUAGGGAAGGUGGUUCAAGAUACGCCUCGUGAAGUAGAGAGUAAGGAUUCUUUAGAUAAGACCGAACUGGAACAAAUGGUAGAUGAUAUAUUCUUGCCUAUAAUGGUACAUGGCAAAACAACUAGUAAAGUAGAACAAUCACAAGAAGAAAUGGCUGAAGAAAAGCGAAAAGAAAAAACAGCUAACAAUGAAGAUAGUGAUAAUGAAAAAGUCCUAGAUAGUGAUCUCAUAAAAGUAACUGAAAGUUCUGAAGCCUUUGAAAACUCGAAAGAGGACAGUUUAGGUGAAGUGAGUGAUUUAGAACCCUCAGAGCUCCUAUCCCCUGAACAGACGCCUGAGUCAGUACAAAGUAUGAGCAAUAUUGAAAGCUCUAACUUGAAUGAAACAAAAGAGACUGAAAUACCAGCAAUCUUUAUAGAGGAAGUUAAAUCUCCAACGCCAGAAUUGCCACCUGAAAUAGUACAAAGUAUUUUUAAGGAAGAAAAUGAUACAGAAAGUGCCACUGUCAGAGAUGAAAUUGAAGAUGCAAUGAAAGAAGCAGAUAAUGAGCCUGUUGUAAGUAUAGAGGAAACCAAACAGCAAGACGCGAUGAUAAUAAACGAAAUUAAUACGUCUGUCGAACAAGUGGCCAAGGAAGCUGAUGAUUCUAUGAACAAUAAGAAUAUUAGUGAAGAUUUCUCAGCUGUGACCACUAUAGAAUCAAGCAGCAACUCCAAAUAUGUUACAGAAGCUGCGACAAAUAUAGUGAAAGAUGUUUCAGAUUUCCUUAUGGAAGAGAGAAAGAUAGCAACAUCACAUGAAGUCAAACCUAAAUUUGAGGCCAGCAAAUUACCAAAAGAUGUAACUGAACACAAUCUAGAAUCUACUUUAUCAGCACACACGACCGCAGAUGUCUUAGCGCGUGUUGAAUCUGAAAAAGUAGAGAAACUAAAAGGAGGAAAUAAUAAAGCUGUACUAGAUGAACUCAGAGAUGCCAAUAUUAUUGAUACUAAUGUUGAAAGUAUCGUCCCUUUAGUUUUAGAUGAAACAUCUCCCAUUAUUGUCGACUCUAAAGAAAAUAUGCUAGAAACUUUAGAGCAAGACAAGAGCCCACAAAAAAUUCAAACUGAUGAUUUUGCCGUAAACGAAGAAGUGGCUAAAAUUAUUCUAGUAAAUGUUAAUAAAGAUAGUCCUUUAGCCUUGGAUGUCGAGAAAAACGAUGAUGAGGUAAUCGUAAAGCAAAUGGAAGCAAGAGAUGAUAAAGUUCCCGAGAAUAACGUAGAAGCCGUCUUUGAGGAUGCUCCAACACCCAAAGUGGAGAACAUAGUCCAAGCAGAUAAACCUGCAGUUGAUCAACUUGAAGAAACUGUAGUUUCUGUUAUAGCUAAUGUGAGCAUAGAAUCUGCAUUGAAAGAGAAUGACACUGAACCUGUUCGUGUCGAAACCUUUGAAGCUAUUGCAGAGCCAAUCAGUUCAACUCAUUCAGAGACAGUGAAUGCAGCACUUAAGGAUGAUAAUGCUCCUGUUGCAACUAUUCUAGAAGACGAAAUUAAAAAUAAUUCUGAUGGUGAUAAAAUAAGAUCAGAUAAUAAUACCCUAGCAGACACAAGAAUGCCGUCAGACAACAGCACUGUCUACAUGGAUCUCAUUAACGAUACCAACAACGAAAUACUCAGUGAUAACACAUUAGAUAGUCAUGUAAGAGACGUCAUCAAAUCCUGUCUGAACAAUUCUAGCUCAGAAAAUGCAUGCACUCUCGUUAAAAAUGAGUCAACUGAGUACUUAGAUCUUCCCAGUUUUGGUAUCAAGGAUGUAGACAAUUUCUUGCACAUGGAGAAAGUUUUCAACAGUCAAAAUGCUGCAGUGGUAUCUAGUACUCCUCUUGCAAGCGACGGCUCUGCUGAAAUAAACAGUAUGGUCGAGAAUUCCAUCAAGGAUGAGCUCUCCGAAACCAAAGUCCCUGACUUAGGAAUGGGAGUCUCUCUAACUAAACUGGAACAAAGAUAUGUUCCUGACAGCAUGAGCCCUUUUGAAUCUCCAACUAAGAGCCACCAUACUGACACUUAUGAUGAAAACAGUUCAGUAGUGCUAGGCCCUUUUGAAAAUUGCACAUUAGAGCUGUUCAAAGGAGCGAAAUCGGGCGAAUUAGUUGAUCUACCUAAGGAAGAGCUACUAGCAUUCUCAUCAAACUUCAGUGAAAUGAAUCUCGAAACACCGUCGCCCUUGAGGGAUGGAAAUUUUCUGAACGAGGUUCCUGAUAUAGUGCACGAUGAUUUACAAUUUGACGAUGUUCAGAGUUUGAGUGAGAAGCAGUCGGACCCUCAAACAGAAACUCCAAGCGCGCCCAGUGGCAACUCGGGUACGGAGAAGAGAGUCUCUCCUUUAACACCACCGAACUCCCCUGGAGUAUUCCUAGCUUCGACAUCACAGCAAAAGUACAUCGUGGACAUCGACCUCACUCCUGAACCGGCGCCGCUACAAGAACCGGACCUCUCGCUUCAGAAAGAGAUAGAACUCAACCAAAUAGAGUUACAAAUAACAUCAAAAUUAGCGAUGGCUGAGAAUGAAAAUAACAUGAACAUUGAAUAUUCAGGACCUUUAACAGUGGAAGGUCUCGUUUCUGAUGAAGAGAUGUUACUGAGGGAAAGUGAUGCGUUGCCCGAGUCCUAUUUAGCAGGGAACGGAGGGUGCGCGGAGGAUAUGAGGGAAGACUUAACUUUGGAUGAGGAAUGCGUCAAAGCGCUGAGGAAUGAGCUAGAACUGAAGUUGCCAUUGGCACAGGUAGCAGCAAUAGAACCUCCUUGCGAACAAGAAUGGUCUGCCGAGCUGCCCCCGCCGCCGGAGCUCAUAGUCAGCUACCCAGGCGCGCUCAGCCCCAUCGCCGAGGAAACCGGCCAGCAACUCUCUGCGUACGAAAAUGAUAUGAAUUGGAACCUGUCGACCCGCACAGAAUCGUCAGAAAGCUACCCUGAGCCUUGCAACAACAGCACUGAUGACGUCACAGAGCUACCUACGGGAGCCCAGACAUACACGAUACAGUCGCGCGAACCAUCGCGCAACCCGUCGCGCGAUCAGUCGCAGAAUAAUACCUACACGCUGCACAGGGAUCUCGACCUUGGCAGCAGUAGAGAAAUUACAAUGAGCGCAGACAGCUUGAACGCCAGCCCUUUGAAAAAGCUAAUUCCCGACAGCGACGCCAACUCACCGAUUGACGACAAAACGUACACUAAGGAAGAAGAGAAAGAAUCCCUCGAAAGGAUAUCGCAAGUAUCGCCCUUUCUGCUGAGCCCCACCACCGACACGUCAGCGCCGGAAAACUCAGAUAACCUCGACAAUGCCACGGGAGUGUCCACUCUGUCUAAGACCACCCUCCCCACAGACGCCAAGCUGUCCAAACCGUCCGAAACACAGUGUCUGUCCAAAGCCACCAGCAUCGACUCGUGGUGCUCCAAUGACACUCUGUACAAUGUCGAGGAAAACUUCGAUGACCUUGCGAUGGACCCGGACGUGCCCGAGUUCGGGCCGGAGAGGGACGAGAACAGCGAAAGUACGGACACGUUAACUCACAACGACGAUGAGAAAGAAGUCAGCCACUGCUCGACCUACAUUAUACACGACAGCAAGUCGGAGGCCUGCGAGACCUUCUCACCGGACUCAAUCACCGCCAACGACAACUACACGUAUACGAAAGUGAAGACUGAUAAUGCUGGUACCACACCGUCCGUACUAACCAAGUCCGACCUGAAUGAUUCCACUAAGAACACCACUAAAGACUUGGCAUACGGUACACUGAUGUCGGGCAUGCCUUCCUACUCCAACUGUACUACGGAGGUAGUGUCGGGCUUCGACGACUGGAAGGUGGCCCAACCAGAGUUGGUGAGGAGAUCUCCCAUGCCCGAGGAUAACGACAUUACCCCUCCCAACCGAGUCGAGGACAAGGAGGUUGAUAUCGCGAGCCCGCAGCUUGCCACGGAACCUUCCCUCAAGAAAUUAGAAAGUAUCGAGAUUAGCUGCCUACAGGACAAUCUAAUAGACAGCCACAAUAAGACGAACCAGUCCGACAGUGAAGUCCUUUUAGUAGACACGAACAGUCCGAACUACAAUUACAAAAAUAUGGCGCCGUCAGUGACCAGCACCCCUCUUACUGACCUCUUGGAUGAUGCAGAUAAUGUUGAAGGAAUCCCUAUGCAUCUCCCUACAGAUAGCAAGGAGUCGUCGGAAGAUAGCGUGAAUGUACCAAACUUCCAGGCGUUCAUGCAGUCCGUCGAAGUCAGGCCGCAAGACUUGUCCUCCAACGUUAGCAAUGAGGGCACUAACCAAGACACGGAAAUCUUGCUAGAGGGAGAGAGCAAGACUUUAAGCAGGAACAGCAACCGUGACAGCUUGGCUGUGUCCGAACGUACGCCGACAUAUUCUGACUUUGAAAACUCGGCGCUAUCUAAACCACAAGACGUAAACUCGAAAGAUAAGUCUAGUCAGAGCAUGGAGAGUGGAAUUAGUUCAGAGGAUUUUCAGAAAUUUGAGACCUCUGUGAGAAGCCGUCCACAAGAUCUAUCGUCGCUGAUAGACGCCAGCUCCCUGCUACUUAAGAUCGAGAGGAUGUCCAGUGAACUGGCAAUGGGUUCGCUACCCACAGACUUGGACCAGACUAGUCAGUCAGGAAGCCGAGCCAUCCCGAAUGAGCCGCAAUCUCACACGAGUCCGCCUAUCGUUACGAAUUUUAACGAAUCUCACAGCUUAGUUAAUUUUAGAGAACCCAAUUUUUUAAUCAAUUUCGAUACUGACGAUGAGACCGAGCAACCGCAUUCGAUUAUCAUUACCGAAACUACGAUGGACGCGUUCAGGGAGAGUCCAAGUAGGAGUAACGACUCGACCGACGUGGACACAUUUGAGGGCAACCAUGCUCACGACCCUCACACUAGUAGAUUGCAAGCGCACGACGAUUUUGGAAAACUACUAGAGCACAAAAUCAACGGAAGUUUGGAUCUGAAAGAAGAGGAAAAUCUUUUAAACUGUGACCAUUUGUCACCGAAAGUAGAAACUGUGUCUGAGAAAACAGAUACAGCGAACAGUAUAUUUGUAACAGAGAUCCACAGUGCGCCUAACACGUCGAGAGCGAACGACAAGAGUCGUACAGUGAACGAAGUCAACUGCAACGGGGGUAGCGAGAAGUUCGCUACGGUUAACUUCUUGAACGAGACCUUCGAAGAACUGAUCGAGAGCAAUGUAGACGAUGAAACGAAAGACCCGAAGACCGAAGAACUUCCGAGCGAAGAAAAUGCAUCAGAGAGUCUAAAAUCUAGUGUCGUCCCUUUGUUGAAAGACCUCGAGAGUCCGAAAGGGUCGAAGAGCAUAAAGGAUGAACUACAAGAGGUCGGAGAACUGACUAACGGAGUGACGGAGGAGAACGGGAGGAUGACUGUGGUCACGGAAGAUUUCCUGCAGAACGAGAAGAAUUUCUGUCAACUAGACUCGUAUUUUCCGUUGCUGAGUGAUAUAAGAUUCACUGGUCCGGCCACAGAAAUAUUGGGCACGUCAUUCACUCAAGACUCUCCGACGGAGCCCACUUCACCAGAAUGUCCUGAGAAGAGAGACACGGCCGCUGAGUUGCUGAAAGAAUGGGAUAGUGAUUCCGACUCCCAUACCAGCAACUCUUCGAGUGGAGAAUUCAUAUGGAAGCAGCGAACAGGCGAGUCUCGCAACAACAGUGGUGGGGAGCGCCACGGGUCCCCGCCAGGCGGGUCGGGGGGCUCCGGGCCUUCGGACGGGUCUGCGGACUCGGGCUCGGGCUCCGAAGGUGAUGAGGUGGAGUUCGUGCCUUCCUCGUGGGACUGUCGCGCAGCACCCUCGAAGUCAUCCCUAAGGAGCUUGGAGCAAACUACACCGGACAAUAAGAAGCGCGUGGUGUUCAAGCGACAGAAGUACCACUGCGUAUACGAGUACCCCCGCGAGGUGGCUGACAUCGAGGCGAAUUCCCCCGCCGCCUACCUACCAGACCUGUCCACCUACUCCGAAUGGGACCCAACCAGUGCUGAAGAAGCUGAGCUGGGUUACGGUCAACUGUUUGGAGCGCCCAGUCCACUGGACCUGUACCCUCUCAGAGCUGGAAUCGCUUUUGGAGCUGAUUACGACGAAGACUUUUUCAUCUCGUCAUCAGCGCGACCCUUCGAGAGCCUGGGCAUCAUGUCCACCACGAGCCAGUUCUUCCCCGGCAAGCACGUGAAGCCGUCCCUCCUCGAGCGAGACCUCUCCGACGACCUUACGGAAGAUUUCCCACCCCCACCGUCUCCACUCCCCACCACCACACUCAUGCAGACCCGCACUCCUUCCCUGGACUUCACGACGCCAGACUCGGGAGUCGAAGACAUCACGCCAGGUUCUACCACAGACGAUGACUUCAAGAAGAAACUGCCAGAAACGGAGCUCACGUGGAGACCCGUGGACAGCGCCAGCUCCAGCGAGUCAGUGAGCCCGAGUUCCCCGGGGGGCGAGGCCCUGGGGGGGCUGCGCCACACCCGCGAUAAACUGAAGCUGGACCUGCCGCCCAGCCCGCACAUACCGUCCCCGCGCCACAGCCGAGUGUUCAACUUCGUGCUGGACAAGCCCAAGCGGCGCGAGGACCGCCCCGCGGACCUCGGCACCACGCCGCUCGUCAUGACCGACGACACGCCCAUCGUCACCACCUCGCUGCCGCUGCAGAAGGACUGCGAGGACCUGCCAGUACCCGAGCCCACGUUCUCUACGUUCGGCAAGAGUCCGCCCAAGGUCGAGCCUGAACAGAAAUUGAUACUAACGGAUGAGGUCGAAGAGAGCACCGAGGUGAAGGUGGAGAGUCCCAAGGUGGUAGAGGCGGUGAAGGGCGAGGGCACCGUGCUGGACAGCGGGGACGAGGACUCCGGCAUCGAGAGCAGCUCCAAGGCCACGCUCGAGCGAAACAAGACGAACGUCUCGUAAUUAAAACAAAUUAGCUCUAGUUUUGUAUAAAUAGGAACAUAGAUCUGAAGUAACUACGACUUUGUUGUGGAAUAAAGUUUGAGGUUACGUUACAAAGAGAAUGACGCGUUAGUUUGGAGUAUUACAUUAUUUAGUCUCCGUUAGAACUCUUACAACUUAUGUAUACUUUCUUUCAGUACUAAGUAUUUCAAACUAACGAUUGUAUUUCUCGUGGUUAUGACAACCGCACUAAUCGUCUGAACUACAGUAAUAGUCGACGACAAUUGCCAUUACGAAGUAAAAUAGUAUUACAAACAGCAAAAAGUAUUACGUGCUGGAUAUAAAAUUUAUAUACAUAUCGGAAUUACGGGCAUCGAUUCAUAGCCACAUCAUUACCGUCGAGCCGGGAAUGUAAACUAGUUCACAAUAUUGCCAUCCGCUUUUUGAUACAUUAUACUCUUUCAAUCUUGCCAAUGUUAAAAUAAAAAUCUUUUCUAAACAUUUCGCUUGGUCGUCUAUUCUAAGAAAAAAAUACAUCAAAAUUGACAUACAAAUUAACUAUUAUACAUGCAAGUCUACAGACGCCGUUGCAUUUCCCAGUUGGACAGCGCACAGUAUUCAGUGGAGCAAGUUCUGCUCAGGUCAAUGCAAGGAUCACACACGAAGGUACAAAUCGCCAUGAAAUAUAUCUAUAGGUGUAUCGCUUUCAUGAUAGCGUAUGUUAAGGCUUUGAUAUGUUUACAAAAACAGCCUAAUUUUAUGAGAUCAGUCGCGUCCCUCGAGUUUUUGACACGUUUUUAUUAAUUGAUGUUAUGUCGCGUGCGAGCUGAUUCUUUUUGUUGCACGUACCACUAAUGCCAGUAAACAAUCUCACAUUUACUGCUCUAAAUAUAUUUGAACGUGUUCGGAUGUUAACGCGCGCGACACCGACGCAUACGUAACUCUCUAUGAAUAACAUCCAACUAAUUAGUUAACUGUCAAUGAUUUUAUAUUUAUAAUGAAGUGUAGGACUGCCACACAACCGAUGUACAACGCAGGCAGCCGAUCGUACUCGUUAGAAAUGUUAAUACGUAACGUUUUAUACUCUUAUUUCGUAUGUUGUAGUGUUAGUAUACGCUCGCGCUGCGCCCGCGGCACGCGCCCGCGGCAAUUAUAUGUUUUAUGUAUAGUAUUGUAUGAUUCCCACCAAAAUUAUGUUUUUUAUUAUUUUGAUACGAGAACAAAGUUGUGGCGUAGUGUGAUGUCCCGCUGGGGGCGCGUGUGCGCGUGCGCAGCUCUCUGAAUGUCUAAAUAAUGUUGUUUGUGACGACCUAUAAUAUUACUGUAUUACUUUACGCACAAGUGAGUAAGCAUCUUCCAUCUUUUAAACCUCAACAAAUGUCAAAAUUGAAGCGUUUCGGUCUAGGAUUGAGGUUAAAAAGCCAAUUGUUAGUUAAGUAAAAGUUUAUAUUAGAUAAGCGUAGUGUUAGAUGUACCAAGUCGUGGCGACAGACCGACAUUGCGUACGAGUAUAUAACGUCGUCACUAUAGUAUGCAAUACGUCCAAGUGUGAACCUAAUGUGCAAUUCUUCUCAUUUCCAUAUCAUCGCGUUUUAGUUGUUUAGUUACUGCUGUAAAUAUAAUUUAAUGUUAUUAUGUAUUGAGAAAAUCUUUUUGAAUAUGAAAAUUUAUUGAUUGUAUUAAUUGUACUACACGUUUAUUGUUCUGAACAUUAUUUUUACAGUUUUAGAAUGUUUUCGUUAAUGUACAGAUGUAAAUAAGUGAUAGAUGUUCAUUUUGUUACAAUGCGUAGGGAGCGUCCCGAGUGGCGGGCUGUUGAUUGUGAGCCGAGCGAGACAACUUUACGUUAGUAGGGAACAUGCUUCUAUUUGUUUGUACAUAUCAUACGUCCUGCGACCCUCUGAAAGAACAAACUCAUAGAAACUAUUAUGUUAGGAUCUGGAAUCUCAUUAUUUUGAUCCUUUUCUUUGUGCAUGAAUUUUAUUGUUUCAUACUCUCCCUGACCAAAAUAAAAAGGGGUGGUUGUCUAAAUCAACAGUUCUUUCAUGGCUCUCUUGGCUAUUCUGGGGAUCAACUUCCAACUUUAAAAAUAUAGAUUCCAAUUAUCAGAUUAACGUAGAGUCUGUUUGUAGUGGAUCUUACUCAGCAGAUAGUUUACCCAAGCUUAUGAUAUAAAAACUAAGGAAUUAAUUUGAAUGAAUUGUCCAGUUUAAUUAUGUAUUUAUUGAUCGUAAGUUGUUAUUGAUUUGUAUGAGUUGUCGGCAGUAUUUAGUGAAUGUGAACGCAUUGGAAGUCUUUUCAUAUUGUGACUUUGUCGAGUCUUUUAAAAGUAUUUCUAUGAAAAAAAUAAUAAUUAAAUAAAACUUGUGACUCAAU